GGGGCUUCGGCGCGCUGUCGUCGGCCUCUCGCUGACUUGCUCUGUUGUUGUCAUCAAGAUGGAGUUCUUGUUGGGGAAUCCGUACAGCUCUCCCGUCGGACAGUGCAUUGAAAAAGCCACAGAUGGCUCCCUGCAGAAUGAAGACUGGACGCUCAACAUGGAGAUCUGUGACAUCAUUAAUGAGACCGAGGAAGGGCCCAAAGAUGCCAUGCGUGCGUUGAAGAAGAGACUCAACGGCAACAGAAACUUCCGUGAAGUGAUGCUGGCUCUAACCGUUCUGGAGACUUGUGUGAAAAACUGCGGCCACCGUUUUCACAUCCACGUCACCAGCAGAGACUUCAUCGAAGGUGUUUUGGUGAAGAUCAUCUCUCCGAAGACUAACCCUCCUGCUAUAGUACAGGACAAAGUGCUGGCACUGAUUCAGGCUUGGGCCGAUGCGUUCCGGAGUAGCCCAGACCUCACUGGAGUCGUGCACAUUUACGAGGAGCUCAAGAGGAAAGGAAUCGAGUUUCCCAUGGCAGACCUGGACACUUUGUCGCCCAUCCACACACCGCAGCGGGGAGUCCCAGAGGUAGAUCCAGGCACACACAUAUACAGAGCGCCCUCGCAGCCCAACACAGCACCUCAGGCAGCUGCAACAGCUGACUUCAACCCCAUCCAAAUCCCAUCAGUACCAGGACCCAUCACAGCAACCCCAGAGCAGAUCGCAAGGCUGAGAAGUGAACUGGACGUCGUGCGUGGGAAUAUUAAAGUGAUGUCGGAGAUGCUGACAGAGAUGGUGCCUGGCCAAGAAGACGCCUCUGAUCUCGAGCUACUCCAGGAGCUGAACAGGACGUGUCGAGCCAUGCAGCACAGGAUAGUGGAGCUCAUCUCUCGCGUGUCUAAUGAAGAGGUCACCGAAGAGCUGCUGCACAUCAACGAUGAUUUAAACAACAUCUUCCUGCGCUACGAGAGGUAUGAGAGAUACAGAGUAGGCAGAGCAGCACAGAACAACGGGGUGCCGAAUGAGGCUUCAGAGGAGGAUAAUCUGAUAGAUCUGUGCCCUGGUUCUCCAGCAGUGGUCACUCCUGGGGUCAGCGCUACACCCUCUCAUCCACCCACAUCCACCCUGCAGCCUCCUCCUCCUGCUGCAUCUCUCUCCACACAGCUGGCAGGACUGGAAGUGGGUGCAGACAGCGUCAGCCGGACCCUCAGCUCUCUGACCGCUCUCAACCCUCAGGAGGACUUUGACAUGUUCGCCCACACCAGGUCCAGCUCUCUGGCUGACCAGCGCAAAAACGUUAAAUACGAGGAGCCUCAGGCUCUGGUGGGCCUGGCGUCUGCUUUAGACAUCAGACAGCAUAAUGCCACUGACCCGAAUGUAAAAGGUCCCAACGCUGAGUUGGAGCCCAUAGACAGCUGGCUCAUUACACAAGGAAUGAUCCCCGUAUCGCAGUCCUCUGUCAUGGAUGACAUUGAGGAGUGGCUCUGUGCCGAUGUGAAGGGUGAAGAGGCCGAGGAAGGAGUCACGAGCGAAGAGUUCGACAAGUUCUUAGAGCGACGGGCCAAAAGCGCAGACAAGGCUUUAGCGUUGGCCCCUGCUGGAGAGCCCAGAGCUGCCCUGAGCACGUCUAGCAGCAGCCGCAGGAAGACACCGCAGACCGAGGACAAUCUCUUUGCCUUGUAGUACAGUGACGGGACAGAGGAUCACACCUUCAAAACGCUUGCUGUUCCUUCACAAACCUCCUGAAUGUGUCUUAUGUUCCCCGCACUGUGAGAAUCCAGCUUCGUGACAGCUAUAACCAGUCAAGCGAUGGCUUGAGCAAACAUGUAGCCUAAAUAAUUCUGUCUAGAGAGCCUGUUUGUUUGAUUCCUGUCGAAUGGAGUUUGGUUUUCUGUCGAAUGGAAAUUGGUUUCGUAUUUAUCGCUCGUUGAUGAACUAACGCUCUUAACGUUUGUCAUUCCAUGAGUUUCCCGUUCUGUGAGGUGUUCAUUGGGGCCGGUUCUUCUGUAGCGGUGAGUCAGCUGUGAAUUGUGGCUCGGCCUGUCUCUGUGGUAAACAGAGAGGCUCUGCUACAUUCCUGCACUCAUCAUGUGCGAAUUACCAAAGACAGACGAAUAAAUGUGCUUUCUAUCGAUUAAGGUUUUUGUAAAAAUAUGUAGACUCUUUCCAAAUUGAAAGAGAUUACUCUUAACAUUUUAUUUGGAUUUAAAAAAAUAAUAAUCUUGAAUUAUAAUGACUUCAAUCUCGUUUUAUUUAUUUUUUCAUUAUUAUUGCUUGGCCCUAAUCCUCUUCCAUAACAUAUUAGUUUUAUUGUAUUUUUAAAUCAAAGUAAUGCGGUAUUUUGAGUAUAAGAGACUUCUUUCAAAAACAUAAAAAAAUUUAAUUAAUUGAAAAAACAAACCCCAAACUUUUGAACAGUAGUUCAAAUGCUAUACCCUUAAAAAUGUGUUCAAACCAGUAUUGUUUCAACUUUUCAGAGCAGUUUACGUAUAAUUAUAUAUAUAUAUAUAUAUAUAUAUAUAUAGUUAGUUAACUCAUAAACUUCUGUCUUACCUAUAGACUCUACUAGGGAUGCAUGAUAUUGGAUUUUUACCGAUAUCCGAUAUGCCGAUAAUUUUCAACUCAUUUUGGCCGAUACCGAUAUAUAAUUAUUUUAUAUUACGGUUGUAUUUUAACAAUAACUUAUUUGUUAGUAAGAAAUAAACAAUAAAAAAGUUAUUUUAUAAUGACAGUGCACUGAAGAUUUGAAAAUAACUGUAAAUAAACAAUAUAUUAAUCAUUGCAUUUAUUUUAUUUUUUCAGAAAAAUGAUUUAUUUUAUGAUUAAAAAUUUUAUUUUAUGAUUUAACAUUUGAAAAUGGUCUAAAGCAAAAAAGUUGUAAAAAUUUAAAAAUCAUAAUUUGUUAAAAAAAUAACAUAUUGUAUAUUAACUAAUAAAUCAGUAUAUGUAAAUUAUUUAAUUAAGUUUAAUCAUGUUUUUUUUUUUUUUUGGUCCAUGUAAGCUAUAGCUUCUGACCUUUAAAUCAAAACAUACUCUAUUAAUUCUCUAUUUACUCUAUUCUACAUUACUUUAUUUAAUCAGAAACACCAUCUUAAUAUUAUUUGUGUAUUUUGUUUUCAUUUUAUUAGAAGUAGGCCAACAGCGCCCCCUACGGAAUUAAAACUCCUUACCGAGCGGUCAUUACUUACUGCUGCCACUGCACCUGCUAUUACUGUUCACUUUUACUAUUACUAUUACUGUUUACUCUAUCAAACACAAAACUUGUCAUUCUGUACCUGCAUUCUCGGUUUAAAUGCAAUGAUCUAAAACAGUGAAUCCAAUCAUUAUCCAGGCAAAAAUUUGCUUCAAAAAUGUGCCACAAAGCUGAUGUGAUCUAAUCGCACUGUCGACAAUCACUAGCACAUCCUGAGCACAUGUGAGUUAAUCUAUUCCUCUUAUCGGCAAUACGUAUCGGCAUCAUUUUUCAUAUCAGGCCAAUUUACAUUUAAAGCAAAUAUCGGUUGAUUCCGAUAUUGGUCCGAUAAUGAUAUCUUGCAUCCCUAGACUCUACAUAUUUAAACUGGGAUAGGGGAAUAAUUAGACUUUGCUUGCCAAAAAUAGGUUUCAUCUUCAUUUUUUUUCUCGGGGUAUAUGAAAAUGACACAUUUCUUAAGAUUCACCCACUUGCUGCGUCUUUCUAUCAGAUUCCUGUUUACGGAGUGAUUUCAGUUAGCAAAAACCGACACGUUUGGCAGUGAAGAUGGGAAAUGAAUGGAUAUUUUGCUUUGUCCUUUGCUAGACCUAACCACGAAUUAUAUAAGCCUAACGACAUUUGUAAAAUAUGUAUCCAUACAUAGACAAAAAUGUGUAUAUACAAUAGGAAAGUGUGUAUAGUACUUAAAAGUUUGUAUUAACUUUGGUGUAAAUGUUUAAUCGCAUCCCUCUUUUUUUUUGUGAUUUGUCAUGAAAGAUUCCUUUGCAGGACCGCUGUAGGUGUUCAUUCCAGAAACUAUUAGCUGAACCGGACAGCUCUUCCUUAAUAUCAUGCUAAAUAUUGCACUGCUAUCUUCCAAUAAUGUGAGGAAGACGUUCACUUCAGUCUUACAUGUAUAUAAAGGAAAUGCAGCUAGAUCAAGCAUGAUGCAUUUUAUUACACUAAAAGACCUCAAAUGCUAAGCGUCUAAUGAUGGCAAGGGCUUAAAUUUUAUUGCCAGUGAAUCAAACCUCCAUUACUCCCCGUAAAUCAGCGGCCAAAUGUGUAAAACACUGGAGGGCUGUAUGCUUUACUUGCAAAUGAGGCACAAGUCACUGCGGUUUUGAUUGAAAUUAAAUUGCAGCAUGUUCAGAAAUCAGUAAUUGUCUUGAUUUCUUAACCAAUGCCAUUUGAAAGCUGGCUACAGACGGAUUAAUGUUAAUCUCUAAAGACUUUAAUAUCUAGUUUUGUUUCCAUCCUUUAAUAAGUACUUGUAAGAAAGAAAGCGUAAUAGCUGUUAGUAAUAUCCUGCUUGUUCUGCUUUCAUCUGUCGCAGUCAUUAUUGAGAUGAACUGAUUCAAUGAAUGUUGCCAUGUGACAUUAAAAGUCUUAACUAUUUUGAUUAUUUAUCUCUUAAAGUCUUAAAUGUAUUUUAGAAUAAUGAAGAUUUCCUAUGGUCAGAUUUGUCUAAUCCAAACUAUUUUAUUAAAGUGAUUCAUUUGCUUAGUGCAAA